AACCAUCAUUAACGUUCCACUCAAGUAACGUAUUGCGUGAAAAGGGAUCACAAAAAGGCGUCAAAUUCAACGAUGCAUUUGAAGAGCAGGAGGAAUAAGGGAAUAGACCAAUAAAAAGAGCUGCUGAUGCAAGUCUUCCUUUCACCGGGUCUAUGAUCUCUCCGAAAAUGGUAGCAGCGCACACCUCUGGCCAUUCCUCUGCCUCUGCAGAUUGGAUUAUUUGCUUUGAUAAAAGACCUGCUGAACGCUCUGGGGAAGAUGUGGACAUCAUCCUGGCCAGGCUGAAAUGUGUGAAGGCCUUUGAGCGGUUCCACCCUAGCCUUCUACAGCAGAUAUGCCUGUGUGGAUUCUACGAAUGUCUAGAGAAGGGUAUCACAUUAUACCGUCAAGGAGAUAUUGGUACCAGCUGGUAUGCUGUCAUCUCUGGCUCACUUGAUGUCAAAGUGUCAGAGACAGCAAAUCAUCAGGAUGCUGUCACAAUCUGCACUCUGGGUAUUGGGACAGCAUUUGGGGAGUCGAUCCUGGAUAACACCCCUCGGCACGCCACCAUUGUCACCCGGGAAUUCAGUGAACUCCUCCGCAUCGACCAGAGGGAGUUCAAGUCUCUGUGGGAGAAAUAUCGUCAGUGCAUGGCUGGACUGCUUGCCCCACCCUAUGGAGUUAUGGAAAGUGGUGGACGUAGCACUGACAGAAUGUCUGACAAAGAGAACAUAAGCAACAACUCUUUUGGAUCCAUCUCUAAACAUCUGAAUAAGAAGUCAUUAAUUGAAAGCCCAGCCAAACUCCGUCCUAAACCCAUUUCUCAGGUCCCAUCUGAGAAGAUCUUGCGAGCAGGGAAGGUUCUCCGUGAUGCCAUCCUCUCCAGAGCUCCCCACAUGAUCCGAGACAGGAAGUACCACCUGAAGACAUACAGGCAAUGCUGUGUGGGAACAGAGCUGGUUGACUGGCAGAUGCAGCAGAGCUCCUCUGUUUACUCUCGCAUUCAAGCAGUGGGCAUGUGGCAGGUGCUGUUAGAGGAAGGUGUUCUCAACCACGUGGACCAGGAGCUGACCUUCCAGGACAAGUAUCUUUUCUACCGUUUCCUGGAGGAUGAACAGGAAGACGCUCCCCUGCCCACCGAGGAGGAGACCAGGGAGAGCGAUGAGGAGCUGCAGGACACCCUCCUCCUCCUCUCCCAGGUCGGCCCUGACGCCCACAUGCGCAUGGUCCUGAGGAAACAUCCAGGACAGAGGGCAGCCGAUGAUUUGGAGAUCAUUUAUGAGGAGCUGCUUCAUAUAAAGGCCUUAUCGCACCUAUCCACCACUGUAAAGAAAGAACUAGCCGGCGUCCUGAUCUUUGAGUCCCAUGCCAAAGCAGGAACAGUCUUGUUCAAUCAAGGGGAGGAAGGCACAUCGUGGUACAUCAUUCUAAAGGGCUCUGUAAACGUUGUCAUUUAUGGAAAGGGGGUUGUUUGCACGCUGCAUGAGGGAGACGACUUUGGGAAGCUUGCUCUGGUCAACGAUGCCCCCCGUGCCGCCUCCAUUGUUCUACGAGAGGAUAACUGCCACUUCCUACGUGUGGACAAGGAGGACUUCAACCGGAUCCUCAGAGACGUGGAGGCCAACACGGUGCGUCUGAAGGAACAUGAUCAGGAUGUUCUUGUCCUGGAGAAGAGCCCCAGCAGCAUCCAGACCUCUACCCACAGCACCACCACCACCCCCUCCCACUACAAAUACACUGUGAUGUCAGGGGCACCAGAGAAGAUUCUGGAGCACUUCCUGGAAAUGAUGCGACUGGACUCUCACCUCAACGAAUCAGACCCAGCUCUGGACGACUUUGUGCUCAUGCACUGCGUCUUCAUCCCUAACAGCCAGUUGUGCCCGGUGCUCAUGGCCCACUACCACGCUGAGGCGUCCCAGGGCUCAGAACAGGAGCGUCUGGACUACACUUUGAACAACAAGAGGAGGGUGAUCAGGCUGGUGCUCCAGUGGGCCUCAGUACAUGGAGAUCACCUUCAGGAGGAGGAUGCCUCACUAGCCUUCCUAGAGGAGUUCUUUGUGUCUGUAUCUGAGGAUGCCAGUGUGAUUCCUGCUCUGAAAGAUCAACUCCCAGAGUUAGAGAAGCUAGUUAAAAACAGCUCUGACGAUGCCAGAUCCUCUCCACAAAAGCACAAAGUCCUGUUGCGGCAGUUCAGCAUGGGGGAUGAGAAGCUGCAGAAACGACAGGCCAUCAAGAGUAAUGAUGAGAUCCUGUUCAAAGUGUACUGCAGCGACCACACCUACACCACCAUCCGGGUCACCGUGGCCGCCUCAGUCAGAGAGGUCAUCAGCGCAGUGGCCGACAAGCUGGGGUCAGCGGAGGACCUCCUCCUGGUCAACCUCAGUUCGGCCGGAGAUAAAGUGGUGCUGAAGCCCAACGAUAUUUCAGUCUUCUCUACACUCAGCAUCAACGGCCGUCUGUUUGUCUGCCCCAGGGAUCAACUGGAUUCAUUGACACCCUUGCCAGAGCAGGAAGGGCCCUCCACUGGCUCCAUGGGCAGCUUUGAGUUAAUGAGCUCGAAAGACCUGGCCUACCAGAUGACUGUCUACGACUGGGAACUCUUCCACUGUGUACACGAGCAUGAGCUGAUCUACCAUACGUUUGGGAGGCAGAACUUCAAGAAGACCACAGCCAACAUGGACCUGUUCCUCAGGAGGUUCAAUGAGAUCCAGCUGUGGGUGAUCACAGAGAUCUGUCUGUGUGCUCAGCUCAGCAAGCGCGUUCAGAUGCUCAAGAAGUUCAUCAAGAUCGCUGCCCACUGUAAGGAGUAUAAGAACCUCAACUCCUUCUUCGCUAUCAUCAUGGGCAUGAGCAACCCAGCCGUGAGCAGACUGAGUCAGACCUGGGAGAAACUACCCAGCAAAUUCAAGAAAUUUUACAAUGAAUUUGAAAGCUUAAUGGACCCGUCCAGGAACCAUCGGGCGUACCGGCUCACUGUGGCCAAGCUGGACCCACCCAUCAUUCCCUUCAUGCCGCUGCUGAUCAAAGACAUGACAUUCACUCAUGAUGGAAACAAGACGUUCAUUGACAGUUUGGUCAAUUUUGAGAAAAUGCGAAUGAUCGCUAAUACAGUGAGGAUUGUGAGAUACUGCAGAAGUCUACCAUUCGGUGCAGAGCCGUCGCAGACCAGUAAGAACCACCCGGACGUGCGGAGCUACGUGCGCCAGCUGACUGUUAUUGACAACCAGAGAACACUGUCUCAGCUCUCCCAUAGACUGGAGCCUCGCAGAACCUGAAUUCUCCCUGGACACUGGACAGACACAUGUCACAUGCGGCUGCUCUACUGCCAAAAAGAAGUUUGCUUUAUACAGUAUGUUAUACCAGUACACACACAUACCCACUCUGCUACAUGGAACGUCACAUUAUUACAUGUAUAGUCAAGUAUCAUUUUAGAUGCUACAGAGUUCAUCAGCUCCACCUUCAACUGUAUUUCAAAUGUCAGUAUCAUCUAUGCUUCUUUGUUUCCUUAAGUGUAUUGUUUACAUUAUUUGUUGUAAACAACGGGCAGGCAGCCUGGUUUAAGUUUCACAGCAUAUUCAAAUUCAUCUCAUUCUUAUGUCCCUGAAGGUCUAUUUGAUACUUUGAAGUCACCUGCCCCAUGAAAAGGACACAAUGUAUAAAGCAAAGGAUCUUUUGGAAAUAGUCAUCCAUUAGAUUGUUGCACAAAUCUAUGUUGGGUUGAUGUUAGUUAGGAAACGUUUUCCGAAUGGAAACAUUGGCUCUUAUUUCACUCCCUGACCUCAUCAAUUGCAAAUCCUGAUAUUCAGUUGUGGUUUCAUAUCUUUUUUUUGUAAAUCAGAUUAUAUUUAUACAUAUUUUAGUUUGUGGCUUUUUAUUACACCUUGUACAAUGUAUUCCUCUAUUUAUUAUGACCUCAGCAUGCAAUGAUUUGAGAUGUUGGGCUGGAUAUAUGUGAGCACAUUCCUCUAUAACAAUCUGUGAGGUAACUAUUGUCAGCAAGAUUUUUUUCCCCCAUGUUUAUUCUGUAAAUAUUAAAAACGGAUUAGAUGUAUCUGCUGAAGAUGCUGUCCAUUUGAUUGUC